GGGAAAUUGUCGUAGGAUCAAGGAUUGAGCUGGUCGGGCAUGGAAUUUCGUUUCGCAGCUGGAACAGAUUUCCACGUCAAAUUUCUCCUUUUCUUCUGAUAUUUUCCCGAAACAUUAAAGCACAGCGGCAAAUCACCAUGAGUGAUAAAUCGUUAGAGGAUUUCUUUGCGAAGAAAGAUAAGAGUAAAAAGAGUAAAAGCAAGAGCAAAUUUGCAAAAAGCACGACGGAAGAAAUCGCAAAGCGACUCACAGAAGCUGACCUCAAGAAAGAGCGGAAAGAAAAAGAGAAAGAAAAGCCGCCACCUCCAAAAGAAACAGAGGACAAAAGUAAAAUUAAAGAUAUUAUAGGGGAUGAAGAUGAUUGGAGAGACAAUGAAGAAGAAAAAGAAAAAGAUUAUAGUGGGCUGAAGAUCCAGCUACAAAUAAGUGCAAAUCCUGACCAGGAUGUGGAGGAAGAGGAAGAGGAAGAAUUGGAUGAGAACGGAGAACCAGUCAAGAGCAAAGGAGCUGUGCCUAGUGGGCCUUGGAAUAAGCUGGAAACAGCUGUGGACAAUGAAGCAGAAGUUGCUCAGAAAGGGGCCCCACCCCCUACUGAGCCAGCAGUGGCUCCCAUCGUCAAAUCGGGCAAGUACAUACCACCCAGCCUACGUGGCCAGCCCGCCACCAAGACCAGCUUGGCCCCCUCGCGAUUAGGUGGAAAGAGCAAGGCUGCUCCACAGAUCUCUAGUGAGCAGGAGUUCCCGUCGCUGGCCGCCAGCUCAGAUAUUGCUAAACAUACUGACAAGAACUCUGACAAAAAUUUUGAGAAAGUGACGAGAGGAGGCCCCAGUAUGCCCAACCCUGCAAACCAAGGACCCAAACUGGAUCUAGAAAAUCGCUUUGCUGCCCUUGGGCAGAACUGACAACGGGGAAGCUUUCCCCAAAGAACUUGGAGAAGAUAAACUACAAAAUCCAGACACUGGAUCUGACUCAUGAUUGUUGGUCUCUGUUAACACAAGGACAUGUCCAUGUACAGCUUCCUAUGUAGUGGCCAUGCACAACGUAUGUACAUAGACCUUGUUCUGAGAAGAUAUUAAUUGAAAAAACAAUGCGGAAAACUUUGAACAUCUCGCCACUGAAGUCAGCAAGUUCUCAGCUCAGUGAGGGAAUAUGAUCAGUGGAAGUUUUUUGGAAUGUACAUAGAAAGCUGGACUAUUCUCUGAGGUACCGAGAUAUUUCAAGCCAGGUGAUUGGGCAUGCCUGAAUCACUGUGAUUGAUAGAUUUGUCAUGAGUCAAUGCUGGAAGUUGAACACCCUCCACCGAGAUCAACAGUAGAUCAACAUUUCAUAUUUUUCCCCACCCAUCUUAGCCUUGGUUGAGGUGUUUGUGUUUAACCGCACCGCAUGAGCUAGCUAUCUCUUCUACCAUUGUUUUUCAUGCACAGUGGAAACAUCAAGGCAAACUGUGACCUCGCACGGCCAGCCUGAUACCCAAAUCAGCUGAGACCUGGAUGAAUGCCUUGGUCCAACUGUUUGUACAAGCAUGCAACUUUUCCUCAGAUCAGCUGAUUUCCUCAUUUUUCACUUCUCACUGGUCCCAUUAGGAAUUGAAAAGCACUGUACAAAAUGUCGGAAAUAUUGGAGUUUCCUCCUUUUUAGUUUUGUCAAAGUUGCAUGCCUGUUCGUAAUGGCUUAUGAAUUUCUUUAUUUUUAUCUCAAAACAUAAGUUGGCCAAGCUUAGCUGACCUCAUGCGCCGUUAUACGAAAACUCUCUUUAUUCAUAGUGAAUUUUUAAGUCGUAAAUUAUUACCUGCUUGAUUUUUUGUGUCGAACAACCAUAGAGUGUGUGUGUCAUGGAACCAACGUCUUUCAUGUGACUUGGACCGAAAUUUAAAGUUUACUCAUCGUGUGCUACUGUGUGAGAGGCGUGUGAGACAACUCCGAACCAAGCUGAGUAGGUCUAUGUGUACAGCUACUUUUGGCCCCAUGACCUUAUCACCAUGAAAAGACAGUACCAAUCUUCAACACCUGAGAAAAUUUCACUUGACUGCAAUGUGCAGGAUUCUACACACACAUAUAACAUAACCCUGGCACGGCCAUGUGGGUGCAUGCUGGAUGCAUGCAGCAGUUAAUCUGUAGACCAAUAGAAAGUGUCUUUUGAACUCAAGCUUGGGUUAUUAUCAUGAGUACUGCCCCAGACCUUUGUGUUGCAUGAAGGCAUUUGCGUUUUGUUGAUUUACAUCCCCCUGGCUGUGUGAGGUCACUGAUUCUUAAUUUUUUAAUUGCAAACAUACAUGUACUUGUGCACAGUGGAGGCUGUGAAAAGCUGGUUUGUGCAGUGCAGCUUAAGAUGAACGCUUCGACCAAGGCUACCCCAUUUCAAUCUACCCCCAAGUUGUUUUCUAUGCAGGCUUGAUACACUGUGUGUAAUCUUCCACAACAGGACCUGAAAAAGAAUGAAGUUUACACAUAGGAAUCAUGCUAUCCAUCACUUUUGUUCAUACUUCAGGAUGCAAAAAUACUGGAAAAACUUGCUAGUUAAUCUUGGAUGACAAUCAGCUUAGCAGCUGAGGUUACCCGGAACUGUGGUGGCCCACAGGCAGAGAAAAAGGCCACUGGGAUAUGGUCUGUGGCUUUGAAGACAAAAUACCCAUCGAGGGUGAAGUCUUCCUGCCAUUUGCAAAUUUUUUUUCUGAGAAUGACUUUUAUAACACUAAUAUUUACACUGUAUUUGAGUUGGUCUACUACCAUUACUCCUCCAGAUCUGCCCAAAUUCCCAAUUUGUUGGGGGGGAGGACCUCAAGCAGGAUUACGCAAGGUAGAUCCUAGCCACUGUAACUGUGCUCAGGCUUUUACGCUCCUUGAAACUUUAAAAAACGUACAAUGUACUGUAUAAAAGGGAGCCAUUAGUUUCCUGCACAGUUGUGGAUUUUAUGGGAUUUGUAACGAUUCUUAAUGUACAAGUUGGGGUCGAGUUAUCCAAUCCAAAACUGAGCAGGUUUUUAAUUUUAUUUUGCACCCUGUCUGUAAUAAAAAAAGGAAGCUGUCAGUGGUGGUUUAUGAAAUAAUAAAUUUGUGGAAUAACUGCAAAAAGCCCUGCAUUUUGUGGUAAUUAACAUUUUCCCAUUGCAUCCCAGGGCCUGCAUUUCCUGUCGCCUGAAUGUGUCAUGUGGGUGUGUGUGCGUUAAGUUGGAAAUUGGGUUGAUUCACAAAAGCCAUUGCAUGUUCACCACUGUUUUUGGGCUGUGACCAAACCAACCGCCUGCGGUAAGGCGUAACACAGCAGUCUAUGGGAAGUGACUGCAGUCACUGCAUGGGCGGGGGAGGCUUCUUCAUCUUAGCCACAGCCAUUAUGUCUGGACAUGGCCACACUUGUCUGCGUCACAGAACCUCCUGUUCCCACCAAAAGCCCCCAACUCUGACAGAUAUUCUUAUUCUGAAAUUGCAUUGAAAUGAAAAAUUCUACCCACCCCCCAAGUAGGAAACAGACGAAAGAAGUCCUGUUAUCAUGCAAUAUUUGCUGAGACCCUGUGUUCAUGCUUUUUUUGGCUUACCACACAUACAGUGGUUAAUAAAGAAUGUGUGAGGUACAUGUACAUUUAUACGGUUGUAAGUUGAAUUCACCCAUGCCAGUGCUAUUGAACCUGUACAUACUUUUAAAUUUACAUGUAUGCGUAACAAAUCCAUUUAUAACAAUUUUUACUUGUCACCAACCUGUCUAUACAGGGACAAACAGAAUUUAUCACAGUGCAUGUAUAGGUGGUAAAUUGCAACAUUUCAGUCCUUUGCUCAUUAAAGCAUCACUGUUUUCAAAUGAAUUUCUAGCAAGUGUUACAGUCAGUCACCACACACACUUUUUAAGUGUGAAAGUAUGACACAUUAAUUAAACUAAGUACAUGUACAUGUAUGUACUUUAGCCCCAAAGUUAAUAUAAGUGACAAUGCCUGUAAGGAUGAAAGUUAUUUUUUGUCAAGCUCUUACUUUAUUAGCAGUUGUAAAAAUUUUCCUCAAAUGAUUUGAUUGCUCCAAGGAUCUGUCAGAAAACAUAUUAAAACAGUAAAUUUUUAUUUCACGGUAUUUGGUCCACACUUAACUAUCAGUGCAUGUCACGUACUGUUUUGCUGGAAACUGACUUUUGUAAGAAUAUACAUGUAAUGUCAGCAAAGAAAUAAUACCCGUGUCCAUCUGUCAUGCACACAUUUA